GCCGGAAAAGCCUUACCAAUGAAACCCCUCUAUUCACGCAGCGGCGGCGUUCCAAAUGACGUAGCUUCCGGCGUCGCUCUCUCUGUGUGUGUUUUUUUUCUUUAAUUCUCCCCCCUCUCAGUGAUGGCGGCUUCGUUUCCCUGUCCUUCUUCAGAGAACGGAAAAUGGUAUUUCACAAGGGAGCAGCUCGAGAAUAGCCCGUCCCGCCGUGCGGGUUUAGACCCAGACAAGGAGCUUUCUUACCGCCAGCAGGCUGCGAACCUCCUUCAAGACAUGGGGCAGCGACUCAAUGUUUCCCAGCUAACAAUUAACACAGCCAUUGUUUAUAUGCAACGAUUCUACAUGGUCCAGUCCUUCACCAGAUUCCACAGGAACGUUAUCGCCCCAGCCACUCUGUUCUUGGCUGCCAAGGUGGAGGAGCAGCCGCGCAAGCUGGAGCAUGUUAUAAAGGUGGCCCAUGCGUGUCUCAACCCCCAGGAUCCAUCUCCGGACACCAAGAGCGAUGCUUACCUGCAACAAGCCCAAGACCUGGUCAUUCUUGAGAGCAUAAUACUGCAGACCCUGGCUUUUGAGAUUACCAUCGAUCAUCCACACACACACGUUGUCAAGUGUACCCAGCUAGUCAGGGCGAGCAAAGAUUUGGCUCAGACGUCCUAUUUUAUGGCUACCAACAGUCUGCACUUGACCACGUUCUCCCUCCAGUACAGUCCUCCCAUAGUGGCCUGCGUGUGCAUCCACCUGGCAUGCAAGUGGUCAAACUGGGAGAUCCCGGUGUCGGCCGAUGAGAAGCACUGGUGGGAGUAUGUGGAUCCCACUGUGACUCUGGAGCUGCUGGACGAGCUCACCCAGGACUUCCUGCAGAUUCUUGAGAAGACUCCGAACCGGUUAAAGAGGAUCCGGAACUGGAAGGUAACCUCGAUGGCCGGGCAGACGACCAAGAAAUCGAAGCUGCAGGAAGGCGGUGGGGAUCAGACGGACACUUUGAUGAGCAUGAUCUCGAUGGCUUCCUCAGAGAUGGCGCUGGCAGGGCUGAUGAGCAUGUCUGCGGCCACGCCCCCCUCCUCCACCACGCCCCCGGAGCCCUCGGGGGACCAGCCCCUCCGCGCGACGGAGGGACCCCAGCAAUACUGGCAAGCCCAGAGUAAGCUGGUCCCCCAGGUACACAGAACUGCUGGCGGCGAGCAGCCCGGGGUAACUGACCAGGGGCUGGGGGGUGCGGACGUCGACAUGGGGUUCCCCUCUCUCCAGAAAUGGCAGGCCGCCCCUGCGAAAGUGUCUCUGAGCGAGUACCGGGCGAAGCACGCCGAGGAGCUGGCUGCCCAGAAACGCAAGCUGGAGUGCAGGGAGGCCAGCCGGAAAGAGCAGUACGCCACGGCCACCCAGCAGAAGAGAGACCGGCCUCCUCCUUCUCAGCGGCAGAGGGAGAGCGUGGAAAACCCUUCCCCCAUCGUCUUGAAAAUCCCCAUCGGGAAUUCCGAGAAGCCGGAGAAGGGAUCCCUGAAGAUGCGCAUCCCGAUGGGAGGCUCCGGGGAGAAGGCAGGGAGCGCUGGCUCGGGCUCGGGGCGUCCCGAGGAGAUCAAAGUGAGGAUCCGAGUCCCCGCGGUGGCAGCGGAGAGGCAGAGCUCGUCGGACGAAGGGAGCGGCAAGAGCAAAGACAAGCACCGAGAGCACUCGUCAAACCACCGGCACCACCACCACUCGCACAAGAACCCCCGCGCGUCCACAGGCAGCAAGAGAUCGAGUGACUCCUCCUCCUCCUCCAGUCACAGCACCCCUCAAAGCGGGGCCUCGUCCCGCAAGCGCCCCCACUUUGACGAGUCCGUCGCCGCGAUGCCCCACAACCACCAGCCAAAAGCUGGCCAAAAGUCUUCCAGAAGCUACCAGCCGCCCCUUCCUCCUCUACCCCCCUCCUCCUCCUCCUCCUCCUCCUCCUCCACCAGCCAGCAGUUCGGUUUCUUGGACCUGCCUUUCAUGCAGCAGCAGCCCGCUGGCGGCUCGGGGAAGGUGCCAUCGUCGGACGCCAACGGCCACGGCGCCAACAGCCAGCCCAACGACUACCAGGACACCUUCGACAUGUUGAACUCCUUGCUGAGCGCCCAGGGGGUGCAGCCCGCUCCCCCUCCACAGUUUGACUACGUGCCCUCCCCUUACGGGGAGUACAGAUACCCCGGGCUGCCCCUGAGAGCCAAUCAGGGCAACCGGGGCGGCUCCCGACCCCCUCCCCUGCCGGCAGAUCCCCCUCCCCCUCUCCCACCUCUCCCAAAAUGAAGGGGGUGAGGGGGUGGGGGCGGGGGAGAGAAACUAGAAAUAUACUACUGAGUGUGUGGGACACUUUCUAAAGGAAAUAUGCACCUGCUAAUGGAAAUUGGGGUGGAGUCCUAGGCAAGGUAACAGCAGACUUGGUUCCAGACUUUUUAAUGCCUGUUAGGCCACUGCCCGCCCUCUCUCUCGCUCUCUCUGUUGCGUGUUUCAGGGGUAACUUGACAGCAGAGUAAUGUACCACUAAUAUGUUUUUAUUAUUUUUUAUUUUUUUUGGGAUGGGGGGGGGGGGGGGGCUGUCCCCUUCAGUGUAUCAAGAAAGAUAAUGGGGGGGGAGAUGUUAAAGUGUGUGUUGUAUAUGUUAUGUAAUUCAGAUCUGUAAUAUUGGUUAUAUUUUGCUUUCCUUUUCUUUGUGUUUUAUUUUUGAAUGUCAAAGAAGAUGAUGAUGAUGAUGAUGAUGAUGAUGAUGAAGGCGGCUGCGAUACGUUUAUGCACGAGUUGGGAAAAUCAAAUAUUUUUUAUUUCCAGAGUUGUAUUAUAUUUGUAAAGCACUGGCGACAUUUCAUUUGAUUUAGAUUCAUUCAUUUUUUUAAAAGUGUUUAUUAGGUUUUUGUCUUUUUUUUAAUUUUUUUUAAAGGUAUAGUGAAUACUUUAAAAUGCCUCCAGCGAUUUUUGAUUUUGAAUUAGCCAGGCAUGUUUUUAAUGUCAGCACUGGAGGUUUUACUAGCGGCUCUGUGUUUUAAUUUUUUCGUUAUUUUAAAAACGACAUUUUGAGACGUCAGCAGUGAUUUCUAACACUCCUGUUGCAAACAGGGAUGGAAAUAACACUCCCACUGCACAGCAGCUUGACUCAUUCCCGGUUCUACUGUGAGUUUAAUAAGACUCACCUGAGCUUGUUAGCUAUACACACUGUGGUUAAUCAAGCUCGAAUUAACACCUGGAAUGGAUGAAACUGCUGUGCAACUGGAGUCUUAUUUUAAUCCCUGCAAAGCCAUCUGAGCAGAGCUGGAAACUCCACCAGCCCUGGGUUUCAGAACAGCCCUGAAUUAAGUCCUCAUGUUAUUGAAGCGAGCAGGAGCUGUGAGUUUGUUAAGUAAAUGGUUUGUCCCUGCAGGCUCUGUUCAGAGCAGGUUUAGCAGGGGUCUGAUUGGUCCAGUUCAAGCUCUGGUGUGCAGUAAAACCCGGGCUGUCUCAGUGUGCUCUGCAAUGGGAGUCUCUUUCCUUUUCCAGUAAGAGAAGUAUUUACGCUGCUCUUAACUUCUGCGCCACCUGUGCUAGUCGGCUGCCUGAUGUGUUGUUAUGUGGGCAUAUAACUUCCUCGUACAGAUACUUGAAUAUUUAUUACCCUUGAGUAAGUGCGUUGCGUUUCGUUUCUAAUCUUGCUCCCGGCAUCCCUUAUUCAAACUCCUAAUCGUUUCAGUAUUAACCUCUUGGUGUACAGUCUUGGGUAAGCUUUGCUUGGGGUGCAGUUGCGUUACACACGGCUGUGCGAGUGAGAUCUUCCUUGCUGUGUGUGUGUUAUUUUUUUUCACAUGUGUUCUGGCACAGUGGAAAGGCUCCAGUGCCCCACGCCAGUGCGGUGUGUAAGAAUCCCUCCUGGAGCAGGAGAUCUGUGUUGGUGGUUCGGCUGUGCAAUGUCAGUGUUUUAAAACUGGUUUAAGAAUGUUCUCCGCCUCAGAGGUGCUUGCAAACAAUGUGACUCUUUCGCUGAAGGCAAGGUGCAGCCCAGCAUUGAAGGCGCAGCUGCUUUCUAUUCAUUGUGAUUUGGAUGCGUCUCAGACUGGGUACAGAGCGGUUCAGGAAUCACUGGACUGACAUGCAACGAGCACAGGGGUUCUCAUAGGAGUCACAGUGAGGCUCUGGGGGGAGGGAUACUACAACAAUACUACACUGUCUUGCUUUUAAUUGUGAUUUUGUGUUGUUUUUUUAAUCGACACUUUAGAUUCAGUGUCAUCUUUUUUGUUCUUUUUUGAUGUUGGUCACACAGGUCAAGGCUGCUUCAGUGGGGCCCUGAGCUUCGUCAGGUUGGCACGCAGCUGGCUCCAGUGCUGCUUGCGGUCGUUCACGCCAGCCUCUUGAAAUCCGGUUCAUACCCAGUGCAGACUUUGUGCCCUGAGUUUCUAGAGGUGGUCAAGUGACUUCAGCAACCUGGUAUAAUUGUUAGGGGCGGGUUCAAAUGAACAGAUUCCCAGGCAAGUAAAAUCCAGCAGCAGCCGUUUGGAGGUGAAAUGGGCGUUUUCUCGUUGGCAUUUUAUUUUAGUGAGCAGCGUGAUCCUGCAGGAUUUAAAAACAAAACAAAAAACAUGAGGGGGGGGGGGGGGGUAUUUUUACUUUUUGUAUAAAAAAAGAAUGUGAAUUGCAGCAUAAAAAAUAAACAAAAAAAAAAGCUUUUUAGUUUUAAUUUUUUCAAAUGACAGUCAUUGUUUUAAAUGGUUGUUUAGUCUGACCAGCCCGACACUGAAGUCAUUUCAAAUAGAGAAUCAUAGUGCCCUUGAUUAAAAUAAUAAUAAUAAUAAUAAUAAUAAUAAUAAUAAAAACAAAGACAAGUGUUCACUUGUUUUAUUCUGGAUAUCAUUGGUAUAGUCGCUGGGUGUGAUCUGGGGCCAUGACAAUAACAUGCCGGUAUUUCACUGGGGUCCUACCGCCGUGUGUCAGUAUUCAGGUUAUAAAGGGUUUAGGUAAAGUAACAUUUAAAAAUGUCUAUCGAGGUCCAAGCUACAGCUAGUCUCAGUACACUGAUCGUAUCAGGAAUAUGUUUUUGACAAAUGUACUUUGAAAAGUGUGUUUAAAAAAUAUAUAUAUACACAAUAAAAAUAAGGCGUUGAGCGGGAGUUACGCUUCGUGUAUUUUUUAAUCAUGGGUUCUUCAGUGCUGUUAGGUAAUGUCUUUCUGUUGUAUAUAUUAUUUUAUAAACAUGCUAGUUUUAACGUGGUGUUUGUGUAAUCUAGUAUAGCUGUUUGAUUUGAAUCGUUUUCAGCAGUUGUUCAUUUUGCCGGCUGCAGACACGGUUCUUUGAGAGCUGGUUUGGAGUUGGCGUUGCUCUGCGCUCGUUUCCCGUGAGAGGGUUGAGUGGCGCUGAGCGGAUUCAUCGUCUUGAACUCUCCUUUGAGGCGAGCGCCCGUGGGGUUCAAGGGGUGCAUUUACCAUUGGAAGCAAUGGAAGAAGCGGCCGCUUGGGUUUGUACUGACCGCUGCGCUCUCCACAGAGGCCAAGAAGGGCGACAGUUCAAGCAGCUGUUUCUGCAGUUGUGUCGGUUACACGGGGAAACUUAGUCCAGUUAGACGUCACUGCUCCUCGCCUAAAUGCAAUUUUUAAAAUUGUUUUGGUAAAAUGAAAACAAAAAUGUGCAAGUGAAAUGUUUCCCAAGUGUGAAGGCAUGGCGCUGUCGAAUUGGAUGAUAUAUACUGCAAUGUGAACCGUGUUUCAGCUACAGAAUCUGAGUGUUGUGUUUCAAAAGAAAAUGUGUGUAACAAGAUCAUAGGAACACUUUACAUUGUAAAGUCUAUUUAUGUACAGAAUUAUUAUUAUUAUUAUUAUUUGUGUGUUAUCAGAUUGGAUUCAGGUAUUGUAUGGUAAAGUAAACCGAUAAAGUUCUGUUCAGGCAAGCGGGGAGAGUGAUUUUAAAAGCGGUUCUUUAUUUUACUGCCGCUCGCUGUGCUUUAGGGAGAUUGGAGGAAGGGGAGGAUGAUGAUGAUGAUGAUGAUUUUGGCAGACUCGAAUCUCCUCGUUUGAUUGGCUGGAACACGCCACACUCACUCACACCAGCAUUCAGAUCCGCGCCCUCAUAACACAGCCUGUACGGAAAGCGCAGAAUUACUGAGAGACACGGAAUAAAUACAAUGACAAACAUUUCAACCCAAGAGACGGUUGUCAUUGAAUUUAUUAAGUUUCUUUUAAUUCAGCACUUUUGAAUGUUUAAUAGUUAUGGGUAAUUUACUGAAAAUAUACUUUGAUAAAGUUAUGGUAUUGAAUGAAUAUAUAAACUACAAACUUUUUUUUUUUUUUUGGACAGGUUUUGUAAAUGCCGUAACUUGUUUUUAUAAUUUGUAUUUAGAAAUCCUAAACACGUAAUCAAUUGACAAACGUUUCCGCUAGAAGCCCCUUUCUGUGUCUUCGAUUCCAUGAUCCAUUCACACUGCUGUCUUGUUAAACGCGCAGGUCUGUAUCGGGUCUGUUUACUCAAAAUGCAACUUCACAAUCCUUGUAAUUUCAUGUUAUUAUCCCGUAAUAUGGAAGCUGACAAAUAUUCAAAAUGAUACCCGUCUCACCUUUCUUAUAUAGCAUUAGGAUAGUGUUUUUAAUCCAAGAGCCAUGAAAUGUAAGGAAGUUUGGGCUUGCUUUAGUGAACUGGGUUGAGAUUUCAUUUCAUUUCAAUCUGCUAUUUUGUUCCUCUCCGUGGUCUGUAUAUUAUUAUUAUUAUUAUUCUUUGUAAUUGAUUUGACAUGUCUUUUCUUGUAAUGUAUUAUAAUGGAGGGGGUGAACGCGUUCCCGUGUUGUAGGUUUUUAGUGGUACCACAUGAACUCUCAGGUUUGGAAUUCGCUUGUUUCGGGGAAUUCUUGUAAUACGUGUACAAAUAAAAUCAACGUUUACAUUA